UUUGCUAUCCUUUGUCAUCAGUUUACGGCGCACUGUUUUUUUUUUGGGACUGGACUCCGAAAGAAUUCUUAUAAUCUACCGAAACAAUAUCCGUUCAACGUUUCCGUCGGUAUCGUACAAUCAGAAGCAUAAAGAGCUUUUGUAAGGUUAUUUCAUCUUUCGGAAAGUGUUGUAUUUGUGGGGUCAAACCAGCUUAGCAGUUAGCUGGUUAGCCUAUCGGAGAGGCUGUCCUGAUUGGACCAGCACGAAUUCCAGGCUGUGAGAAGAAGGGAACAAAUCUGAGCUACUAUGAUUCACGCAAGUUGGACAACACUGGGUUAUACGAUUUGUGUUGGGUUUAAGACGCUGUAAAGCGGAAGUAUGUGUUCAUUAGACUAAAAUCAAACCCCACGGAUAGUUUGGUGAUUUUGUAGCAUUUAAAAGUGCCCUUUGAACGGUCUGUUAGCCACGUAGCUACCUCUCAGUAGGAGGGCAUUUAAAAUGGCGGAAGGUUGGCCCCUUCCUCCGGCUCUUGUUGUGCUGUUGCUGAGUAUGAGCGCCUGGGUAACUGACUCUUGUCCUGCGGCGUGCUCCUGCCCAAAAGGACAAGAUGAGGUACAUAUUAUGGACUGCAACAAAAAAAAAUUGUCCGCUGCCCCCUUGGACGCCCCAGAUGGAAUAACUCAAGUCACUCUGAAUCACAACCAGCUGACUCUUUUUCCCUUUCUUGGAAACGCUUCGUCAAACAUUACAUCACUUUUAUUAGUCCACAAUCGGAUCUCGGAACUGUUGAUGCAUCAACUACAACCUUACGUUUCUCUGGAAACACUGGACCUAACGUCUAAUUCUAUCUCUGAGCUCAGAGUGGGAUCCUUUCCAUCCAUGCAGCUCAAAUAUCUGAAUUUAAGUAACAAUAGGAUCAGCCUCCUGGAGCCUGGGUGCUUUGAGAACAUCUCCAGCUCACUGCUGGUGCUUCGGCUGAACAGGAACAGAUUAGUUGCGCUGCCGUCAAAAGUCUUCAAACUUCCCCAUCUUCAGCUACUAGAAAUGAAGCGUAAUAAGAUCAAAAUAGUGGAUAGUCUGACAUUCAAAGGGCUGGAGUCGCUGAAGUCACUAAAGAUGCAACGAAAUGGCAUUACAAAGCUCAUGGAUGGUGCCUUUUUUGGACUGAACAAUAUUGAAGAGCUAGAGCUGGAACACAACAACCUAACGGAGGUUAAUAAAGUUUGGCUGUAUGGCCUCCGCAUGCUGCGCAUCCUGCAAAUCAGCCACAACGCUAUAGGCAUCAUCCGUCCUGAUGCCUGGGAGUUUUGCCAAAAACUGGAGGAACUAGACUUGUCCCACAAUCACCUGACGAGACUUGAGGAGACAGCUUUUGUUGGAUUGGGAUUCCUGGAGACUCUGAACCUGGGAGAAAACUCUAUCAGCCAUUUGGGAGAGGGUGUGUUCAGCGACUUGGCAAAUCUGCGCACCUUAGAUAUUCGCAAUAAUGAAAUAUCAUGGGCCAUUGAAGACUCCAUCGCUGUAUUUGAUGGAAUGAAGAAGCUGAACACAUUAAAUUUACAGCGGAACAAAAUCAAAUCAAUCACUCAGAAAGCAUUUGAGGGGCUGGAUGAGCUGAAGGACCUGGACCUCAGCAAGAAUGGCAUCAUGUCCAUACACCCUGAGGCGCUUUCCCAUUUGGAGCUCAAAGUAUUUGUCCUGAACACAAGCAGCCUGCUGUGUGACUGUCAUAUGCAGUGGCUGGGUCCUUGGCUGACAGAAAGCCAGUUUCAUCAGUCAGUCUCUGCAGUCUGCGCCCAUCCUGCUAAUCUUCUCGGUCGCAGUGUCCUGUCAAUCAUCCCAGAGGAAUUUGUUUGUGAUGAUUUCCCCAAACCGCGGAUCACAACUCACCCAGAGACAUCUGUGGCUCUGAGGAGCAACAAUAUGACUCUGAGCUGCAUUGCAUCCAGCAGCAGUGACUCACCGAUGGCCACUGCGUGGCGGAAGGAUGGGGAGGUGCUGUAUGACGCUGAAGUGGAAAACUAUGCCCGUUAUCAGGGUGGACAGCUCAUCUAUACCACAGUGCUUCAUCUCCUUAAUGUAAACUUCACUGAUGAAGGGCUUUACCAGUGUGUUGUCUCUAAUCACUUUGGCUCAAACUACUCAAACAGGGCUAAACUUACGAUCAAUGAGCUGCCCUCUUUCCUUAAGACGCCCAUGGAUCUAACCAUCCGCACUGGGACUAUGGCCCGGCUUGAGUGUGCAGCUGAAGGUCACCCAUCUCCCCAGAUCGCUUGGCAGAAGGAUGGCGGCACUGACUUCCCCGCUGCCAGAGAACGCAGGAUGCAUGUGAUGCCGGAUGAUGACAUCUUCUUCAUCGCUAAUGUGAAGACAGAAGACAUGGGAGUGUACAGCUGUACAGCUCAGAAUGUAGCUGGCAGUCUUUCAGCAAAUGCUACUCUAACCGUCCUGGAAACUCCGUCCUUCAUGCGGCAAUUGGAAGACCGAACAGUGGCCCGUGGUGAAACCGCAGUGCUUCAGUGUAUAGCCAGAGGCAGCCCGGCUCCUCGACUCAACUGGACCAAAGACGACGGGCCUCUUGUGCUCACAGAGCGGCACUUUUUUGCUGCAGCCAACCAGCUCCUCAUUAUAGUCGAUGCUGGGCCAGCUGAUGCUGGGAAAUACACCUGCAUCAUGUCUAACACCCUCGGCACAGAACGCGGUCACAUCUACCUCAGCGUCUCUCCGUUGCCCAACUGUGACACUGCGGUGGGGUACAACCAAAAUUACAACCAAGAUGGCUGGACCACAGUGGGGAUAGUGGUAAUUGUAGUAGUGUGCUGUGUGGUCGGAACCUCACUUGUUUGGGUCAUUGUCAUCUAUCACAUGCGCAGAAGGAACGAGGACUACAGCAUCACCAACACUGAUGAGAUGAAUUUGCCAGCAGAUAUUCCAAGCUACCUGUCCUCUCAGGGUACUUUGUCAGAGCCACAGGAAGGCUACAGUAACUCUGAGGCAGGUAGCCACCAGCAGCUCAUGCCUCCCCUCUCCAAUGGAUACAUUCAUAAGGGCACAGAUGGAGUGUGCUAUGGAGACACAGGCAAUGAGGUGGAAACUGAAGGGAAUGGGAUGCUGCACUGCAAGAUGGGCUCUCUGUUUGCUGGCCGUAGCAGCUUCCAUCCUGGCGAGUCUCGUGAGGGAUUAGCUGGAGUCUCCUCGGGUGGUGCAGGUCCUCUUGUCAUCUGCUCCGACUGCUACGACAACGCCAACAUCUACACUCGAACCCGAGAGUAUUGCCAGUAUGCUUAUCUGGGGGAGGAUGAUCCACUGGACAGUGCUCUGCCAGGUCUGAAGGGCGGGCCUGGUGACGAUGCCCACCUUAAGGACACAGCACUAGAGGGCUUCAUGCACAAUCAGGAAUCAUCAGUGUAUCUCCCUUCGCCCGAGAAAAGGUUAAACAACUACAGUGCUGCAGAGCAAUAUGUUAAAGAUUCGCUCAGCAGAUCUUUAUGGAGAGAAGGGGAAGAUCCAUCCUCAGCAUCUCAACUUGGAGCUUCCCAUCUUUCAGCAACAUUACACAGGACACCUCCUCUGAUCUCUACUGCUGACAGGGCAGUAGAGCAGAGUGAAGCAGAGGCUAACUACUUCCCAAGGCAGCCCACCCAGGACCACAGAAGUGCCUAUAAUAGGACUAACCCACAGGGGCAAAAUGCCCCCACAUAGGCUCUUUAAAUCCAGGCAAUGUUUUGCCUCAGACUUGUUUCUGCACCCCCUUUCCAUCCUUACUUUUACCCAUUACCCACUACCUCCAAAGAGAUUCCUUACUUUCUGCCAAAGAUGUUCUCUUGUAUGUUUACAUUCCUCUGUUCACUCAAGAGGACAUGCUAAUGUUCUCUACUUUGGAAAGACACGAUUAAUUAAAAUGACCUCCUUCUAGGAGUCUUCACCUCAGGAGGACCCUCUUCCUCCCCCAUUCUAUCUAUCCUUCUUCUGUCUCCAACAAGAAAAAAGAAUGAAUGUAUGUUUUAUGGAACAAUGUCAGAUGCUGCCAUGAGAGCACCCCAGGACCACCUCUCUGAGGGAGAUGUGCCUCAGCAUAUCUGGUACAAGUUGCAGAGUACUGCACAACUUAAGAAGAAAACACUAAGCACCUCUUUUCAAGUGGAGGAAAACAGGAGAAUUAAAGAGACAGAUGUAGUUCCCUGACCAGCAGUAUUCAGUUGAUAAUAUUGGAAAGACUCUUAAAGGCUUACCUCUCAUGUUUCAGGUGUUCUGACUCACUCUUAUGCAAAUUCUAGAGACAGUAACACCAAAAUGUGGUGUGCAUUAUGAGUAUAUACAUCAACUUCUCGUGUAUCAUUGUUAUUCGUUGUUUCUGGUUGCAAAUCAUGCAGAUUUUACACCUUUGUUUAAGAAUAAUGAGCAGUUUAUGAAAAAAACCAUUUGUUUUGCACAUGAGACAAUCACAGUUUUGUGGCGUAUUUCUAACUAAUGGCCUUUUUUAUAUCAAGCAUUCUCGGUGACCUUUCUUUCUACAUUAUGCACUGAUUUGUUUUUAGCCCUUUGGUAUCCUUUGUUACAGGCACUUCAUGUUGGCAAACUUAAUUAUGCAGUUUACUCACUGUUUUAGAUUAGCAAGAGUUUUUAUUUCAGCUAAGUCAGAAAAUUAAUGAUGCUCCACAAAUAAUAAUGUUGCCUAUGAUUCCACUCUGGACUGUGAAAAAAAAAGGAAUGUAUUGUUAUUUUAUGUAUAUGUAAAUAAUGUUAUCUAAUGAAUACAUGUUCUGUUUGUGCAUUUGAGGUGAGGAUUACAGCAGCUACUUGGGAAAAAAAGCAUCUUAAAGUCCAUAAGGUGUGAGCAGAAUCCCCACAUUUUCUGGUUUUAAUUUUCAUACAAAUAGUCAGACUUUCUUGCUUUUUGGUUUUUAAUUCUUUUGAAAAGUUGAAAGGUACUAAUCAGAAAACUCCACCAUACGCAUAGCUUUUCAAUAUAACCUCAAAUGAACUUAAUAAUGCCUUAAUACUCCCUAAUAAUGCUGUUGAAUCAAAACAGUUUAAACAGGAUCGUCAAAACAGAUUGCUUCUAUUAUGUGUACUGAAUUCAGAUUUUUUUUGCUGGAUGUGUAUCAGUUCAUUUUUUUUUUAUUUGACAAAAUGUUCAAUAUCGGAUUCAUGCCCAUAUAUGAGAGUUUGGUUAUAUUUUCAUCUCCACGAUGAAGUCAAAACAUGAUUCAGAGGAUUUCAUCUGUUGUUGGGAUCCAGUGAGGUAAAUGGUACUAAACUCAGAUAUGCUGAAAUUAAUCGUCAACUUUGUAAUUAUAUAGCCUCAUGCUGGAUUAUUAUUUAGUUUUACAAUGUAUAUCAUGGAAAAAAAAAGUUUUUUUUUUUUAUUAACAGCAGUAGUUUGAAUUGCCUUAAACAGCAGGUGAUACUCAGUGAUGUGCAGGCAUGAACUGAGAGUUCCUCUUCUGACCUUUUUUCUUGAUUCUGACUUGUUUUCUAAAUCUUAACCAAUUUUCUUCCUAGACCUUUUCCAGCCUUUUUUAUUUUUAUUUUUAGAACUUGGUAUCAGCAACAAAACUAAUGACCAACUGGUAUCCAAGCGAGGAACAAAGCCUUGGCGUGACUGCGUGGUCUUGUUAUUUUGUCUCACUCUUUGUUUCAGUGGCACUAAAUAAUUGUUCUAUUUUUGUUGUUUAAGGCUCUCUGUAAAUGAUGCUAAGUUAUCAUUGGAGAGCUUGCAGUCAUAGGUGAUCUGAAUAGAUUUAUUUGUUCGGUGUUUGACAUUUUGUAUGCCAGUGCAGCCUAUCACAAAUUGUGCAUUUAGUUAUCCAAAACCUCCAUCCUGACUUUAUACCAAAGUUUAACAGUGAUUGCUCUGGCAGUAUUCAAUGCUGACCUGUUUGCUUUGUCGAAGUUAUGCCCUUGCUUCUUGUAAAAUGUUUAUUUGUAUUGUAUGUUGGACCUUGUUUACUUGUACAUUCUGUAAAGCAUGUCUGAAGAGUCUUUUUGUUACAUAGCAAUUACUUCAACAUUAAACGUUAGUUCUCAUAA